AUGAGAAAAGAGAUGACAUCAUAUGACUGUGAUAUCUGUACAAAGUCGUUCUCUCGGAAAAAGACACCCCAUCACUGCGAUAUUUGUGGUAAAUCAUUCUCUCAAAAUACAGCCUUAACAGAACACAUACGUAUUCAUACAGGAGAGAAACCAUAUCAUUGUGAUAUCUGUGGUAAAUCAUUAUCUGAAAAUUGUGACUUAACCAAACACAAUCGUAUUCAUACAGGAGAGAAGCCAUAUCACUGUGUUAUCUGCGGUAAUCAUUCUCUGCAAAUAGUAACUUCAUGAGACACAAACUGAUUCAUACAGGGG